GAGGUUUGUCGUCUUGCUAUGCACGUGAAGCGUCCGAAAACAUAUGGUGUUCUCGGAGUGGAACCACCAAGAGGAUUUUUGGUGCAUGGACCGCCAGGAUGCGGGAAAACCCUUUUUUCUCAAGCGGUGGCAGGACAGUUCAAUAUACCGAUGAUACAAAUUGCUGCUACAGAAUUGGUCUCGGGCGUAUCCGGCGAAAGUGAGGAGAAGAUUCGUCAGUUGUUUUGUGUUGCAAAACAGCAUGCGCCAUGCGUGUUGGUUAACCUUUUCGGAUGGAAAAAGAAUGUGUCGUUAGCUGAAAAAAUUCAGGUAGCUGGUGAUGGUGAAGUGGUUCUUAACGACGAAACGGAAACUAUCGAACAUUCGUACGUGCUAGUGAUUGGCACUACAAGUCGUCCGGAUUCCGUGGAUGGUAGUCUGAGGCGGGCUGGACGUUUUGACUGUGAAAUUUCGCUAGGUAUCCCGGAUGAAAGGGCUAGAGAGAAAAUUCUGCAAACUGUGUGCAAACUUACUCUGGACGAAGACGUGGACAUCAAAAUUGUUGCGCGAUUAACACCGGGAUAUGUCGGUGCAGAUUUAAACGCUUUGGUCAGAGAGGCCGCAAAAUGUGCAGUAAACAGGAUAUUUGACACAAUUGUCAAGCACAAAUCUUCCAAGCGGCAAAUGACAAACGAAGAAAUCAAGGAGGAAUUGGAUAAAGUGUUGACGUGGCUACAAGCUGAUGAUGAUCCUACUGCACUUGAAAAGUUGGGCAGCUUUCAUGUAAAGAUGUCGGAUUUCGAACGAGCGCUUGAAAACGUCCAGCCAUCAGCGAAACGAGAAGGUUUUGCCACUGUACCGGAUGUGUCUUGGGAGGAUAUUGGUGCACUCAGUGAUAUUCGUCAGGAGUUGGAAUGGAAUAUAUUGUUUCCAGUUAAACGUCCAGAAGACUUUGCUUUGCUUGGCAUAUGCGCUAAACCUCAAGGUAUUCUUCUAUGUGGUCCACCAGGAUGUGGAAAGACGCUAUUGGCGAAGGCAAUAGCGAAUGAAACUGGAAUGAAUUUCAUCAGUGUCAAAGGACCGGAACUUCUCAAUAUGUAUGUUGGAGAAAGUGAACGAGCCGUACGAACAGUAUUCCAAAGAGCUCGUGACUCAUCGCCAUGUAUUAUAUUUUUUGACGAAAUCGAUGCCUUAUGCCCAAAGCGGUCUCAAAAUGAGUCGUCUGGCAGUGCACGUCUGGUGAAUCAGUUGCUUACCGAAAUGGAUGGUAUCGAGAUGCGGAAGCAGGUUUUCCUCAUAGGCGCCACAAAUAGACCAGACAUUGUUGAUUCGGCAAUUUUGCGUCCAGGAAGACUCGAUAAGAUUCUUUUUGUUGAUUUUCCAUCACCUAGCGAUCGAGCUGAUAUUUUGAGGAAAAGCACGAAGAACGGCACCCAUCCAAAAAUAAGCAGCAGUGUCGACCUUGAUAAAUUGGCACAUCUGCCAGAAUUGGAUGGAUUCACUGGUGCCGAUUUGGCUGCUCUUGUUCAUGAAGCGUCAAUUAUCGCGUUAAAAGCACGUCUGUUCUCCAAUGAUGUCACUGUAGACGCAGUUGAUAUGGCUCAUUUUUUCAAGGCCAUACAAAACAUUCGGCCAUCCGUUAGUGAAUCGGAUCGCAAGAAGUAUAUAAGGAUGAAGGAGAUCUACAGUGCUAAAAGACAUUGUGAUGUUAAUUCAACUGAAAACUGA